CCGGUUCAAGAAUGUCUUCCCAUGAAAAUUCGGAAGAAGAAAUAGAUAUAUUAAAACAGAAAGUUUACACAGCAGCAAGAGAUGGGAGGGCUAUCAGUUUAUUUGCCAUGCUAUGGAAUCUCAAUAGAGAAUUUGUAAAUGAGUUAUUGGAUUGUUACACAUGUGAAAACGGCCAAAUAACAACGCCCCUAAUCAUAGCUGCCAGAAAUGGCGAAGAAAAAGUGGUUUCGAUAUUACUUUCGAAGUUUAGAAUUAAUCUUGAACAGACUGGAACUGUAAAGUUUGACGGAUUUGUGUUGGAAGGUGCCACUGCGUUAUGGUGCGCAGCAGGAGCAGGUCACCUUAGUAUCGUGAAACUGUUACUCGAUCAUGGUGCAAAUGUCAAUCAUGCUACCAAAACAAAUUCAACCCCACUUCGCGCGGCGUGUUUUGACGGUCGACUCGAUGUUGUGCAGUGUUUAGUAGAAUAUGGUGCAGAUAUCUCUAUUCCAAACAAGUAUAACAACACAUGUCUUAUGAUCACAAGCUACAAGGGGCACUCUGAAGUGGUGCACUAUUUGCUGGAAAAGGGUGCUAAUCCUGACUCAACUGCCCACUGUGGUGCAACAGCAAUGCACUUUGCUGCAGAGUGUGGUCAUCUAGAAGUGGUGCAAGACUUGGUACGAUUUAAUGGAAAACAAAUCCCUAAUGAUUAUAAAAUGACCCCAUUACUUGUGGCAGCAGAAUGUGGUCAGUCUGCAGUUGUGGAAUUCUUAGCAACCAAGGUCGAGGUCAAAGAGGAUAAAAUUGAUGCAUUUGAGUUGCUUGGUGCCUCUUUUGCAAAUGAUAAAGAACAUUAUGACAUUAUGAAAGCAUUUUUGUACCUGCGUGAAGCUAUGCAUUUGAGAUACAGUGAUCCUGACAAUAUCAUUACUAAAGAAGAUUACCCAUGUAUAGAUGCAUACAAUCAUAGGGUAGAAUGUAAAACACUUGGUGAACUUAAUGCAAUUAAAUAUGAUUUCGAAGCCCUGCACAUGGAAUCACUCGCAAUCCGAGAAAGAAUUCUUGGCCCAGACAACCCCGAUGUUCCGCAUCCAAUCAUAUUUCGAGGAGCUGUGUUUGCUGACAACAAGCGGUUUGAUCGCUGCAUAGCAUUAUGGCUGCAUGCAAUGAAGUUGCGGUACAAAAAUAAAAGAUCCAUAGCGAAGGAUUUACUUAGGUUUUCACAAGUUUUUUCACAAAUGAUUCACAUAACAGAACCGGUCAUCUUUAUCAGUGUUAAAGAAGUUUUCAAGUAUGCCAUGGCAGAACUGAGCAACGAUAAAGAGAGGAUAGCAAAGUCUGACGAGGACACAGAUUCUUUGUUUGAGAUACAUCAAACUAAUAUCCAUACAUGCCUGUAUCUUCUAGUCAUUAUUUUAAAAACAAACUACAAUGAAUCGGAGAGAGAGGACUUAUACUCAAUAGUGUAUCAGUUUCUCAAACUAAAUCCACUCUUGAAAAACAAUUUUACACCUCUACAUAUGGCUGUUGACAGUGCAACAUUAGUAGAUGAUUUCCAUGUAAAUGAUGUGGUGUCAUUUCCAGAUAGCCAAGUUGCACAGCUUUUGAUCAAAUGUGGUGCAAAAGUUGAUGCACAAGAUGAUCAAGGCAACACCCCCAUGCAUGCUUUACUAGGCAUUUCUUGUAACUCGGAUGUUAAUAUUAAGGAAGUUCAGAAUACAAUAAACAUUUUAAUUGACAAUGAUGCUCACUUAGACAUUUGCAACAAUGAGAGGAAAACUGCAAUUGAUUGUGCAAAGAGAGAGGAUGAGGCAUGUAUUUUGAGAGCAAAGUUUCAGGUCUCUCUAAAGUGCAUCACAGCUACAUAUAUCCGCAACAAUGGGAUAAGUUAUCACGGUUUAAUUCCGCCGUACCUUGAGGAGUUCUUAUCUCUUCACUAGCUCAUAAAGGUUUCAUUGUAGUAGGUGUCAUUGAAAAGCAAAAUCUGCUGUUUGUGCCAUGUUUCUAGUAUUGACACCAGUAAUAUGUGUACAUGUAUCAAGUUUUAUUUGAAGUUCAACAGACAAAUGUUUGGAGGAUACAUGUGUAAAAAAUCAUUGUAUCCUAAUCUAACUUGUAAAUGCAUGUGCAGUAUAAAGGAUGAAUUCUAACAAAUAUAUAGAACAUAUAUGAAGAAAAUCAUGCACAAAUUCUAAAGUAAUGUAAAAUGAUUCAUAUUGAUUGUGAUUUUUAGGUUACCUGAAUGUGAGACUUAAGAGAGCUUUUUAUGCCCCUGAAAUCGAAGAUCAGGAGGGGGGGGGGGGGGGGGGGGGCAUAUUGUUUUUGUCCUGUCAAAUUCUGUCUGAAACUUUAGCCUUGCUGAUAACUUUUGAACAGUAAGUGACAGAGCUUUGAUAUUUCACAUGAGUAUUCUUUAUGACACGACCUUUCCGUGGGUACCAACAUUUGUGACCUUGACCUUGGAGUUUGACCUACCUUUUGAAAACUUUAACCUUGUUAAUUACUUUUGAACAGUAAG